UUGUCACAUAUUCGAAGUGUCACGAAUAUUUCAAAACGUAAAAUGUUUGGUUAAAUUCUAGUUAAAAAAAUAAUCGCUUUAUGCCAUCAUGAUGAACUAUUUACUCAAAUUACAACAUAACUUUAUGAAUACAAUAAUGGAAAGUGCAAUAGUUGAUAAGAAUUCCUUAUCUGUGAUUCCAACCAUACUGUUCAUUUUUAAUUCGUUUUUCUUGUUCCAUCAUUUGAUCCACAGAAGGACAUUCAGGCACACAAAAUGGAAAACAUGGUUUUAUCGAGAAUUAACUUUUCAGUGGGCAUAUUUUUAUAUGAUACGAAUGUGGUUUUUACUAAUUCGAGCAGUACGUUGGAGUAUAAUUUUCCUAGAAUACAAUAUUUCGAGGAAUAACUUGAAAAAGACCUCCUUAUUUUGGUCAGAUGGAAAAUUUUUUAACUUUAUUACCAUAUUUGCUUUAACACUACUGUCUUUAUUACCUAUGGGAGUAUUCAUUUCUAGCGCCUUUUUUCAAAAUAAUGUGCCCAACUUUUUGAUGUGGAUUGGUGAGGAUCCUUGGAUAAGGAGUGAAAUCGGAAUGUCAGGUCAUUAUCUUGAGAGACCGCCCUUUUUUAUACUACCGUCAAAAAAACAGCGCCCCUUUAGAUCAAAAAGAUCUGCAAGUUUUAGUAAUUUGGAAGAAAUCUCUGAAAGCCGCGAAUCCAGCGAAACUCACGUAAUCAACAAAUCUCGAUCUUUACACGGAAAUCCGACCAUAAAUAGAAAACUCACCUUUUAGAAUAUUGUUCUGUAAUUUAUUAUUCUAUCUACUUAAUAAAGAAAUUUACUUUUAACAAAAGUUAAGAUUUGUUAAAGUACACCGAUGAUAGAGCAUAGUCGUGCCUGUAUAUAUUUUGUGAAACAAAAAUAAUAGUAAAAUAAAUAUCUGGUUAUUAUGCGAGAUGUCAUAGGCAAAUAAACAGCGAAUGGGACGUUCGUGUGAAAAUAAACCACUUUGGGGUGUUAUUAUAUUUUCCUUACAAGACUUUAUUGUAGUCCAGAAAAGUCACCCUAAAAUAAUAAACCCAUUCCUGCGUCAUUCUUUCCCCAAUAGCUUCUUCGAAAUACAGACACAAACGCAAAGGAUUCUGUUUCGCGUAUAUUUCUCUAGGUAUUUUGUUUAUUUUUUAUUUUUAUUAAGGACUUAUAAGUAGCAAAUUAAAAAAGAAAAAUGUAUAACAUUUGGUUGAUUUGUUUGACGAAACAAUUGUUAUACAAAAUCCGUAGAUAAAUGUAUCAGCGAAAAAUUCAGUUGUUCCUGUUUGCUCCUUUUUUGGCUUGCUUCUGUGUGUAAAUAAGAUUCAAUACAAAUCUAAAUAAAUGUGAAAGGGAGAAUUACUAUUCUAGCUAUACUUA